AUGUAUUCCAAAGGAGGUUACGGAGGUCGAUCACCAGUCGGUUUUCCGUCUGCGGAUGAGCUUAUUGGAGAUCCGGUUGAUAGUAUGCCAAGAUUAGGAGGAGGUGAUAGCAUUUCUGUAACGAUUCGGUUUCGACCAUUAAGUGAACGAGAGUAUCAGAGAGGAGAUGAAGUUUCUUGGUAUGCCGAUGGAGAUAAGCUUGUUCGAAACGAGUACAAUCCAGUGACCUCCUAUGCAUUUGGUGUUACAUUUCUCUCUAAUAAGUUGGUUUAUAUGGAUGUAGUGUUUUCUUUAAAAAAAUUUGGAGAAGGAAAUUGGGGUGCUGCCACCAACCACCACCCUCCCACCUCUUCAACCGCCAUCGACAUGCAUGGUUCUAUCAAUUCAUGUUACUUCCAAAUGCCAAGCUCCAAGAACUUGCCAUCGAUACCACCAGGCGGACAACCGCCCAUGUCACCACAUUCAACAUUUUACCUGAUACACCUUGUGGCAAACCAAUGA